UACGAGGAAACUUCCGCGGCACCUUUGCUUUAUUAGUGACUUGAGAAUCCAAUGAACUCUGCCUCUUUCUUCUUCAAAGUCCAGAAACUCUUUCACAGUCUCUCUUGUUAUCUCACAGCUUUCAAUGGUGAUCAUUCAAGAAGCCUCUUCUUCUUCUUCUUCUUCCACCCAUCCAUGGAAAUACCAUGUCUUUUUGAGUUUUAGAGGUGAGGAUACCCGCAAUAAUUUCACAGGCCAUUUGUGCAGCGCUUUGCGUCAGAAUGGAAUCAACACCUUCAUGGAUGAUCAGCUCAGAAGAGGAGAAGAAAUAUCAACAGCACUUCUCCAAGCAAUUGAACUGUCGAGGAUUUCAAUCAUUGUGUUCUCUAGAAACUAUGCAUCCUCCAAGUGGUGCUUGGAUGAACUUGUCAAGAUCCUCGAGUGCAAGAAAUCAAAUCAACAAGAGGUUCGACCAGUUUUCUACAAAGUCAAUCCCUCGGAUAUACGAAAUCACAGAGGUAGCUUUGCGGAGGCACUUGCUAAUCAUGAAUGCAGAUUCAAAGAUAACCCGGACAAGGUUCAGAAAUGGAAGGAUGCUCUCUCAGAAGCAGCACAUUUGUCAGGGUGGCCUCUUAUGGAUGAGAAUUGCUCUGAAUCCAGUGUUAUUCAUGAAAUUGUUAAAGAGAUUUCAGAGCAAGUUAUAAACAGUACAUAUAUGUAUGUGGCCAAGUACCCGGUUGGAAUAAAACCUCGGGUGGAAGAGAUCCAUACGCUUUUAGGUGUUGAGGGAAGAGACAUUCAUAUGGUAGGGAUAUGGGGGGCUGGUGGAAUAGGUAAGACCACAAUUGCCAGAGCUGUCUAUAACUCAAUUGCUCAUAAAUUUGAUGGGAGUUGUUUUUUGGAAAAUGUUAGAGAAAAUUCAAUGGGUGCCAAAGGCUUUGUCAAACUACAAAAGAAACUUCUUUGUGAGAUUCUAAAGGGAACAAAUUUGAAGGUGGCCAAUGAAGCUAGAGGAAUCACUAUGAUCAAGGAAAUGUUGCAAUAUAAAAGUAUUCUCUUAGUGCUUGAUGAUGUGAAUGAUAUUGAUCAGCUAAACAACUUAGCUGGUGAAUGUAGUUGGUUUGGUAUGGGUAGUAGAAUCAUCAUAACAACCAGGGAUAAACAAUUGCUGACAGGUCAUAAUGUUAAUCUAAUAUAUAAGGUCCAAGAAUUGGCUCAUCAUGAAGCUCUCGAGCUUUUUAGUCGAAAUGCCUUAAAAGGAAACAGACCUUUGGAUGGUUUUGAGGAACUUACAGAACGUGCUAUACGCUAUGCUCAAGGCCUUCCAUUAGCUUUGAGUGUUCUAGGAUCUUCUCUAUGUGGUGGAGAUGUAGAGAAAUGGCAAGCUGCAUUAGAUGGUUUCAAAAGCCCAAAAAUUAGAGAAGUUCUCAAAAUAAGUUACAAUGGAUUGGAUGACACAGAGAAGGAAGUUUUUCUUGACAUUGCAUGUUUCUUUAAAGGUGAAAAAAGAGAACACGUGAUAAAAAUAAUAGAAGCUUGUGGCAGCAAAAAGCAUGAUAUUGAUGUGCUCAUAGACAAGGCCCUCAUCAGUAUUAGAGACAUGGAUUGCAUUUGGAUGCAUGGCUUGCUAGAAGAACUGGGUAGAGAGAUAGUUCGCAAAGAGUGGCCCAAUGACCCUGGAAAGCGUAGCAGGUUGUGGUUUCAUAAAGAUGUUUACCAUGUUCUAACAGAGAAUACUGGAACAGCCAAUGUUAUAGGCAUCAAGGUGGAGCUGGCCAAAGAUUCAGAUGUGAUAUGUUUAAGUGGGACCACUUUCUCCAACAUGCGAAAACUUAGACUUUUCAUACACCGUGCUGGAUGCUAUUCUGGCGCUGUUGAUAGUCUGCCAAAUAGCUUGAGGGUAGUUGAUUGGCCUAAAUAUCCCUUACAAUUUUUGCCAUCCAAUUUAAUUCCAAGAGAACUUGCUCUAAUCAAUAUGCCUAGGAGUCGCAUCACAGUAUUGGGAGAUGGAUACAAGCAUCUGAUAAAUCUGACAUCAAUAAAUCUAAGUGGUUGUGAGUACCUAACGAAAGUGUCAGACUUAUCGGGAAGCCCAAACUUACAACGUUUGAAUCUAAAUUUCUGUGAAAGUUUAGUUGAAGUGCAUCCUUCCGUUGGAUUCCUCGAUAAACUUGAGCAUUUGAGUCUAAACUCCUGCUCUAGGCUUGAGACUUUUCCCACGGAAAUUAGUUGGAAAUCCAUGAGGGAGCUUUGGCUUCACUGGUGUGGAAGGCUUGAGAAUUUCAUAAAAAUUGUGCACAAGAUGGAGUCCAUUAAAACAUUGGAUCUAUGGGGAAGUGGCAUAAAAGAACUGCAGUCAUGGAUUGGAUGUUGCAUUUCCUUGGAAGUUUUGAUGUUGAAUGGAACUUCAAUCAAACAACUGCCCUUAACGAUUGGAAAUCUUACUUCUUUAAGAAAAUUGGACCUGUUUGGAACUCCCCUUAAGGAAUUGCCUUCAUCGAUUGGGUAUUGCACUUCCUUGGAGAUAUUGGACGCGUCUGAAACUCUCAUUGAAGAAUUGCCUUCAUCAAUUAGGUAUCUCACUUCUUUAAGAAAAUUGAAUCUGUCUAAGACUCGCAUCAAAGAACUGCCUUCUUCAAUUGGGAAUCUCACGUCCUUGGUGGAAUUGGACGCUUCUAAAACUCUGAUUAAAGAAUUGCCUCUGUCAAUUGGAAAUCUCAAUCGCCUUCGAGAAUUGAAACUACAAGGAUGUGCAAACCUUACAAAUGUGCCGCACGGUGUUUACGGAGGGCUGCAACAUCUAAGAUGGCUAGACCUCUCUUGGUGCCCAAAGAUGGUUACAUUUCCAGGUAGGGCGAGCGCUUUGGUUUCAUCAAUUGCAGAAUCUCUUCCUUCGAUGCUUCCAUCUAAUUCAAACAAUGGGCAUGAUCAUCCUGGUUCAUUAUUGUUUCCCCAGCUAGAGUAUCUUUUUUUUCUAGGAUGCCAAUUAUCAGUGGUCUCUGAUUUCCUAACGAAUCUUGACUGUGCGUCCACAUUGAAGAGACUUAAUCUAUCAGGAAGCAGUUUUGAUAGUCUUCCGGCAUGCAUCAGCAAAUUUCAUGAGUUGUAUUAUCUUAAUUUGGCUGGUUGCAAGAGGCUUCGAGACAUUUCAGAACUUCCACCAAAUAUACAAAGAAUAUACCUGGAUGAUUGCGUAUCGUUGGAAAGAUUUUCUAAAUUGUCAAAUAUACUGGAACAGAAAGACACUCCGGGACUUCUUGAAGACAUGUGCUUGUCUAAUUGCAAUAGACUGAUGGAUAAUCUUGGCAUGGAGAUGCAUAAUGUUGGCAUGGACAUGGUGUCGAAGAUGGCAAAAGCAUUACCGUAUCAGCUGGCGCAUGCUGGCUUAGAUCAGCAUCUGAAGCGCUGGAAUCUUAUUCUUCCAAGCCUCCAGGAAAUUGAAGUUCCAAAUUGGUUUGAUGGGGGUGAGGUGGACACAAGUGUGCUUCCUCUUCAUGGAACUGAGUAUGAUAUAUGUGAAAUUUUGAUAAAAAUCCCCAGGAAUCUGAAGGCUGAGAGAAUAGGAUUGGUUGUCUGUGUUGUUUUUGAACUUACCCAAGAUUUUUUAUAUCAUUUUAGUGGUUGUUCAGUGAGGGUUGUGAUUGAUAAAAAAGUGUAUUAUGACACCAACUACAUUCAAUUAAAAGCGACAGAGUCAUCGGCUCAUGAUAACGUAUGGGUGUGUCUGACAUGUAUUGCUUUCAAGGAGCUAGAGGUGGUGGAUCCUGUGGUUCGAGUAUGUUUUGAGGGCCAUGGAUUGCUCCUAAAGAAUUUUGGGGUCCAACUGGCUAAUAUGAAAGAGGAUCAUGUAAGUGGUGAAUACUUGGAGCGAGAAAGAUAUAGGCAGAGCAAUGCUAGCAUUUCUGAUCAGGUGGCUUUGCACGCAGAAGGGGCAGCUGUAGCAUCAUUAGUAUCAGAUGACAGCAAUUACGGGGAAGUACACGAUGAUCAUCAUGAUGAGGAACAAGAACGAGAACAGGAACCUCAUCUUCCAACAAAAAUAUUUGAAGACUUGGCAAGACAAACAAACAUAGGCAGAGCAAUGUUAGCAUUUUUGAGGUGCUUUGGAAUUACCUGCUUGUGAUUUUGGUCACGCACAAGGUUCAGCUAGCUCUAGUAUAAUCAUCAUCAAGUACCGAUUGAGGCCUUGAAGUACACUAUGAUCGAUCAUUAAUACUUGGAUUUCAGGUAUUAAUAUUCCAUGCACAUAAACUUGUAAUCUGUUGUGAUAAUUUUUCACUGACCUGCUUUUUCUGCCAAAGUUGAUCCCGAAAGAUGGCAAUUGAUGGUGAGAGGGGCAGAGGCACCAAUUAAUCUGGACUCAUGUAAUGGUCAAAUCUCGAUCAAUCCACACGAACAAGGCUGGGUUUGUUCUUCAAUUUCAAUUUGUGUUUGCUCAUUGGUUGUCUGGCGUUUUACUUAUUUUUAAUUUUUAUCUCUGGGCUUUUAAUUGGUAUUGUUUGCUGGCUUUUAGUGCGCUCUGUUUGUUACAAGUGAGAGUGAUAUAAUGCUAUAUAUCUUCAAACACUGGACUCAUA